GGAACCUCCUCCUGCUAGCUCCACCCCCUACUAGAGGCCCGCGUGCCUGCUAUUGGUUCCUCUGCCCGCCGUCGGUUGCCGUGGAGACUCGGCGCUGCGGCCCUGGGCUCAUGGCGCUGCACCAUCUCUUUUCUCACCCGGUGGAGCGCGCCUACCGCGCGGGGCUCUGCUCCAAGGCCGCGCUUUUCCUACUGUUGACCACCGCGCUCACCUACAUUCCUCCGCUGCUGGUGGCCUUCCGGAGCCACGGGUUUUGGCUGAAGCGGAGCUUCUACGAGGAGCAGCCGAACGUGCGCUUCCAGCACCAAGUGCUGCUCGUGGCUCUACUGGGGCCCGAGCCCGGAACCUUCCUCGCCUGGAGCACGUUCCCCACCUUCAACCGGCUGCAGGGGGUUCACCUGCGCGUCCCGUUCGUGUCGUCCAGAGAAGAAGACAGGAACCAGGAUGGGAAAAUGGAUGUGCUGUACUUUAAACUUGAACUUCCCCUGCAAUCCACAGAGCAUGUUCUCGGUGUGCAGCUUAUCCUGACCUUCUCCUACCAACUGCACAGGAUGUCAACAUUCGAGAUGCAGAGCAUGGCGUUUCUCCAGUCCUCCUUUGCUAUUCCCGGAUCACAGUUACACGUGAAUGGUGACCUGAGGCUGCAACAGAAGCAGCCACUGAGCUACCGUGGCCUGGACAUCAGAUACAACGUAUCCGUGAUCAAUGGGACCAGUCCUUUUGCCCAGGACUACAACCUUGCUCACAUUGUUGCUGCUUAUCAGGAGAGGAAUGUUACCACUGUCCUCGGUGACCCCAACCCAAUCUGGCUAGUGGGCAGGGCUGCUGAAGCUCCUUUCGUGAUCGAUGCUGUCAUCCGCUAUCCCGUGGAAGUCAUUUCUUACCAGCCCGGGUUCUGGGAGAUGAUAAAGUUUGCCUGGGUCCAGUAUGUCAGCAUCCUGCUGAUCUUCCUCUGGGUGUUUGAAAGAAUCAAAAUCUUCGUGUUCCAGAACCAAGUAGUGACCUCCAUUCCUACAGCUGUGCCCCAGGGAGAAAUAUGGAAAGAGCACUUAUCCUGAGAAGAUCCCAUCAGGAGACGGAGGGACCGUGGCUACCUCAUUCCUGUCUUCUGAGACCUGUCAUCUUGCCCGCUGGACACUUUCAGAGACAAAGAAUGGGUUUUCCAGUGUCGGGCUGCCCAAAGCCCACGCCUUCAAAGCACGGAGAAAACCCAUAAACAUCAGUUUGUGGAAAGGUCUCAGGGUUGCUGGAGGUUGUGAUUUUUGUUUUGUUUUGUUUCUGGUUUUGCUUUGCUUUGGCCUUGAAUUUCAGGGAGAAAAUUUCAUACAUCUUUGAAAGAACCCCACCUCUCCCUAGUCAAUCGAGGAGUUUACCUCUUUUGAACUGGGACACCCUACACAGUCCUCCCUCCUACCAUAAGCUAGCUGCUUUCUUAGCCUCCUCAGGGGUCUCACAAGAAACACGCAAGCCCCUAGCACUUUCUACUCCUAGGUAUCCACACAGUGCCCAUUCAGAACUUUGAUUUCCAGAACUGAAGCCUCUAACUGGAGACUGGAAGGGGGCAGGGCAGGACCUAAAUACAAGAGUCUCAGAAACAUGUGCAUGCUGGCGGGUAACUUAAGGGCAGGAGGACCAGACACCUGCCCUCAGGCUAAUAGAUGGGGGUCUGUCAUCAGCUCAGCUGAACAGCCCUCUGUUCCUGCCCUGCUGUGGCUGGCUCUGUGCCCUGUUUCUUGCCCUCUGUCUGUGCCCCUGAGAUGGCGGCUGGAGUCAGAAGUGCUGCUUCAUUCAGUCAGUUCCCCUACCCCCUGCACCAGUGGAAGAUGUCCGGCUUCUUAACAACAGGUUCUUUCUCCUUGGCCAUUACCCAACAGCCUGGCCACUCCUCCUCCUUGAUGGCCUUCCCCCCUUUCUGAAAGGAUGUGGGUGACAGAGGAGUUGUUGUUGGCAUUGGCUUCUACUGCCUGACAACCACAGGGUUUAUUUGGAGGCUGAACUGAAAACUCAGUUGUUUGCAGUUCCCUUGAUUAAGGAACACAGUCCUCACCAGAGGGGAGGCUAUGGGGAAGGCAUGAGGAGAGUGAGGAAAGAGGCUGAGCAGAGCAUCUAAUCCAGCCUUAGCCCUGGAAGGACAUCCCUACCCCUACCGCCCAUGCCUCCAUGUCUAACCACAAACACUCCUCACUAUGUGCCUCAGUUUACCUUGGAGACACCCUAUGUCAGACUGAGCAAAGUAAGAAUCUUGAAAACAAAGCUAUUUGGAAGUAUUCAAGAAGAAAAACUCUAUAGUACUAAUUUCUCUGACUUAAUACAGCUGAUUAUGUGCCUGAGUAGUUUGGUUUUUUUUUUCUGAAGAUUUACAUGAAAAAUGGUCUCUGAUUUCAAUUUCAAAAAGGUUAUAAGAGGGCUUGAAUGUGGCUCAGGUGGAAGAGUAUUUGCCUGGCCUGCCAUCCCCAGCUACAUGUAAACCUUUAUAGUGGUAUAAGCCUAUAACCCCAGCACAUUGGAGUAGAGGUAGAAAUUCAGCAGCAUCCUUGAGUUAGAGCUCAGCCUGGGACACUUGAGACCCUAUCUCAAUAAAAUAAGGAAGUGGGGUUGGGGGCAUGAUCAGAUAUAUAUUGUAUGGGAAAAAGAUAACAAGAUAGAUACAGAGAGGAGACCAGAGAUUCAGGCUACUUUGCAUUAAAUUAAACUAUCCUGUGCAAAAAUUGUAUAGAGAACUCAAUGGUGUUUUAUAACUUUCUAAUUAAAAUAUUCUGAAAGAAAAAAAAUAAAAAUAUUCUGAAAGAAA